AUGGUGGCAGAGAUUGAGGAGCUGAGAGCUGCCCUGGAGCAGACAGAGAGAAGCCGCAAAGUGGCUGAGCAAGAGCUGGUUGAUGCCAGUGAGCGUGUUGGGCUCCUGCACUCUCAGAACACAAGUCUGCUUAACACCAAGAAGAAGUUGGAGGUUGACCUGGUUCAGAUCCAAAGCGAAGUUGAGGAUACUGUCCUGGAGGCAAGGAAUGCUGAAGAGAAGGCCAAGACCAUCACUGAUGCUGCCAUGAUGGCAGAGGAGCUGAAGAAGGAGCAGGACACCAGUGCUCAUCUGGAGAGGAUGAAGAAGAACCUGGAGGUCACCGUGAAGGAUCUGCAACACCGUCUGGAUGUGGCUGAAAAUCUGGCUAUGAAGGGUGGCAAGAAACAACUCCAGAAACUGGAGGCCAGGGUUCGUGAACUGGAAGGUGAGGUUGAGGGUGAACAGAGACGUGGUGUUGAUGCUGUCAAGGGAGUCCGCAAAUACGAGAGGAGGGUGAAGGAGCUCACCUACCAGGAGUGA